CCCCUGCUGAUCGGGUUCUAGCGUCUGGCGAGGGCUCCGCGGCCCGACCCGGCUGGCGCGCAGGCGGAGCCGGGGCGGCGGGGCUGCUGCUGGCUAAUUGCACGGGACUGCGGGCCGCGACAUGGACUGUCCUGUGCAGCCCGAAUUCCAGCCUCGUUGAGCCAGGCACACCAAGAGCUUUCCACCAAAGAAGCCCCUCCAAGCACUGACCAUGUCAAUUAUGGACCACAGCCCCACGACCGGGGUGGUCACGGUCAUUGUCAUCCUCAUCGCCAUAGCUGCCCUGGGGGCCUUGAUCCUGGGCUGCUGGUGCUACCUGCGGCUGCAGCGCAUCAGCCAGUCAGAGGAUGAGGAGAGCAUCGUGGGUGAUGGCGAGACAAAGGAGCCCUUUCUACUGGUGCAGUACUCUGCCAAGGGGCCAUGUGUGGAAAGAAAGGCCAAGUUGAUGACCGCCAACAGCCCAGAAGUGCAUGGCUGAGCUGGGCUGCGAAGGCCAAGGCCAUGGUUCUGUUUGCAGCCAGCCCAGAAGCACCGAGAGGGCAGAAGCAGACAUGUUGCUAUGUGAGAGGGGUUGACACUUGCUGGCAUGGUCUCCUCGGGCUUUGUCAUCGCAUGCACUGGCUCCAGGUCCCAGCUCUUCUGGCCUUCCCCCUCCGCCUCCUGGUGGGCUGUCCAUUGCAGGCAGUGGGCAGGCCUGACCUUGCUGGGGCUCCUGGCCCCUUAGCGCUUUCCUUACUUGAAUGUUUUAGCUGAGCCUGUUUUUUGAUGGAGCUACUACUGUAAUGCGUGAACUAACCAACCUGUGAACUGUAAAUAGGCCCGGAAGCACGUGCUUAAGCCUUUUUGCUGAUUUAAAAAAAAAAAACAAACAAACCAGAUGGAGCCCGUGGACUGGUUUGAUAAUGACUGUACUCACGUGAGCUGAGGUAUGACCAUGGAGGGUCUUCGACUGGUCAGGCCCCAGUUGCCCUUGGUAGGGUGCACUGAGGUCUUAGCUAUGCGUAUGGAAAGAAGGUAAAAGGUUAAGAAGCUGAGGUAUUGGGGUGAUCUCAGCUUGCUUCGUACUGGAGGAAACCCACACCCCUCCCUUUCUCUAACUUCAGCAUUGUUAAAAGAGCAGUGUGUGUAGAUGGCAGAGUCACUGCAAGGAAGCUGUUGCACUUGCUUGGAAACCUGUGAAGGAUGAGACCUCCUGAGUCCUGAGGGUUGCCAGGCAGCUCAGCGGAGCAGUCUCUUGCCCUUUGGUUUUGAGCAUGCCCAGUACACCCCUUCAGCACAGGCUUUGCAGAAUCUGCUCUGGUCCUCUGCAGACACCAGAGCCUGUGGUGGCUACUUGAAGUCUGAAACCCAGUUGGCCCAAGAAGGCAAGGUUUUGUUUUUGUAUUUAAUAUUUUCUGCACUGGAAUGGGGGUUGGGGGUAGGGGUGCCUCCCCCCCAUGACUCCCCCCCCACACCUUUUCACAAGUGAGCUUCCUUUCUUCUCCAGUGGGUUUCACUUUGAUUCUUGGGGCUUGGUUAUCAGAGCCUCCUGACCCAGCUCUCAAGGCAUAGAAGGUCAUUUCUAUUGUGCACAUAGCAUACAAGAGUCACCAGGAGUUCACGUUCAGGGCCUGGUUCUCACAGGUAAGGGAGCACGUCUCCAGGAUAUUUCUUAUGUCUAUCAGCUUGCUAGGAUGUUAAUCCCAUCACCAUAAGCAUUCUGAACCAUUAUGAUUAAACCUGACUAUGCUGGUACCCUUGGUGAUGAGUAGGUAGCCAGCUAGCCCUGGCAGCAGAGAGCUUCAGGCUAGUCUGGAGACAGCUUGCAGAGCAUGUGAAACUAAUCCAUUACCUAGAACCCAAGGGAGGAGCUGUAGGGAAGGAACACUUCUUUUUAGCAGUGUAUGCCAAUAUGGGGUUGGGGGAGGCAGAUGUUAAGAAACACCUUAGUUACACAGAGGUAGUCAAGGACGGACUGGCCAUGGGCAGGGGCUGCUAAGGCUGUCUUGGCUGUGUGUUAGUCCUGGGAGCAGUGACUCUGUAGGUCUAGGAGGGAAACAGAAGGUAUCAAAGGAUCUGCCUGGAGUUGGCCGAGGCUGAGGGGUUUUACUUAUUCCCACCCCACAUCCACCUUUCUACCUCCUACGUCUUGCAGCCAGCAGCCUAAACACUGCUGAUCCUUUUUCUCUGCCAUCAUGGAGCCAAGGCCAGCUUGGAUCUACACCAAAAUUUGAGCUGGUUCAUCGCUGCACGGUCAGAUGCAGGCCGCAGCUUGUACUAUGCUGAUAAAGUUGGUUUUUCAAACAGACAUCAUCACAUUCUUAUCAGUUACACUUUGGGGGGGUCUUUCAAAUUUGAGUCAGUCCAUCUAGAGAGGGAUGAGUAAGUUCAGGCACUGUGGGGUAGAACUGUUGAACAACCGUGCAAGUCUUCCCUGUCCUUGGUUAUCAUUGGCUACCUUUUUAAGUGUGCACCAGAGUCAUGCACUCCAAUGGUUAAUAAGUCAUAACUUCUCUUCGAUUUUUUCCCAAUAGUGUAGCUAUUGUGGGUCAGGACCAGGUCUUCUGAUGAGUAAGAAGCUAGCCUCUCAUCCUGGGGAGCUUGCAGAAACUCCGAGGCUAAGCCACUGAAGCAAGAACUAACUUUCCUAGAUAUAUAUAUGUUCAAACGGACUGUGCUACUGUUGUGUCUCAAAGCUACCAGUUUGUGCAAUAAGUGGAAGGGAUGCCAUUCCUGAUCAAUAAAUGCUAAAUGACAUUCAAGUUCAUUUUGUAGACCACUGAGAAAGAUCUUUAUUUACAAUAAAUUUCAAUAAAAUUUGCAUAACUAUA